AUGAAGCUCCUCUACUUGUUGUCCGCGGUCGCAUGCGCCAGUGUUGCCCUUGCUGAAUAUAAACUUCAGAUCUGCGACAACACCUGCAAAAGAGUGCACACGUUCAAAACCCCCAACAACAUCCGCCCUUGUAUCUGUCUCGCCAGCACCCAGACUGGAACCAUCGGGGGUAUCGGCGGUGGCGACAUCAAGCUCUUCCAGUCGAUCGACUGCACGGGUAACUUCCAGAAAAUCGGACCCAACGCAGGUAUCAGCAAUGCUCAAUGGGUCAACAGUGUGUCUUUCGGUCCCUCUGGAUCCUCUCGUUCCCCUGGUACCUGCCCCAACUGGUACAAUUAA